CAAAAAAAAACUUUUGUAGUCCACUUUCAUUGAACCGACAUGAAUUCCCUCAUUUUAAGUGGCCAAUUGAGCCGCUGCACAGCAAGAGUAGGCAUUACACGAGCAUUGUCCACUUCUGCCGUACAGAACCUUGGACGUCAACGACCUGGACGUCGUUCUGAGCACCCAUUUGAUGUUGAAAACAUGGAGAAGUUCAAUUUUGACGAUCAGACCACCAUUGGACACGAACUCUUUGGCAAUAUUCGUGAAGUUCGCAGCUACCUCAGAAAAGCAAAAUACGAAAUCCCCAAAUUGAGUGAACACGCUAAACCCUUUGUCCCUCCUACUUCGUCUCAAAUUCUUCGGUUCAAAACUCAGAACUACAUGGGUGAACCUCACCCCGUUGAGUCCAAGUGUGUACUCAACGUCAAGGUCGACCUCCUUGGUUUGAAUGACCAGGAACGACACAAGCUUUUGGUCCUCUCUGGGCCUCGUUACAACCCUGAGACUGGAGAGCUCACUCUUUCAAGUGAGAAGUUCCCUUAUGUCAAGCAAAACAAGAAGUAUCUUAGUGAUUUGUUAGACAAACUCGUUGCUGAAGCAAAGGACUCCUCUGACACAUUUGCCGACAUUCCAUUGGAUACUCGACAUGUCAAAUCGAAAAAGAAGCUCGAAUUCCCAGCUGAAUGGGCCCGUCCAAAGAAAUCAACUUCGACCUCAUCAUAAACCAUUUCAUAUCAAGUUAACUUGGCUGGCACUUUGUGUAGAUGAAUGGCUCGGCUUCGUUUUCCUCUCCUCAGCGUGCGUACUGUAUAAUAGACAUAUAGUCAGUCGGUCGGUACUGGCAAUUAGAUUUUCAAAAGAGAAGCAAAAUAAAAACCUACACCAUUUCACAUAUCUGGUAUCAGUUGGUGUGGCUAGCGAUCCCCCAAUGGUUUCGGACCUCACGCUUGCGCCAACAGCA